AUGGGCGCAAACGCCUCUUCUCAACUUGAGAAAGAAAUUAAUGGCGAUGUCGCUGGUAAUGAGCAUUUUUACGGUUUGGUAAAUUUUGGAAAUACGUGUUAUUGUAACUCUGUGAUUCAAGCCUUGUAUUUUUGUCGCCCGUUUCGGGAAAGGAUUUUGCAAUAUAAACAGUCACUUAAAAAAUCUGGUCACCAAAAGGAGAAUUUGGUAACAUGUCUUGCCGAUUUAUUCCAUAACAUUGCCACACAGAAAAGACGAGUAGGAACCAUAGCUCCUAAGCGGUUCAUUACAAAGUUAAAACGCGAAAAUGAGUUGUUCGAUAACUACAUGCAGCAAGAUGCUCACGAAUUUCUCAAUUAUUUAUUAAACACUAUAUCCGAAACGUUAGUUGAGGAAAGGAAUGCUGAAAAUGAUAAGUCGAAUAAGAAUGGUACAUUACGGAAAGGGCCCGUAUCAGCAGCCAUAGAGCGAAAGGAGGAAGAUAAAACCAAUCCCAAAAAUGAAAUGACAUGGGUUCAAGAUAUUUUCCAAGGAACGCUCACAAACGAAACUAGAUGCCUAUGUUGUGACACGGUCUCCAGUAAAGAUGAGGACUUCCUCGACUUAUCUGUUGAUGUCGAGCAGAAUGCUUCCAUCACUCAUUGCCUGCGAGUUUUCAGUGAAACUGAAACUCUGAAAGGGGACCAAAAAUAUUUUUGUGAAAUUUGCUCGUCAAAACAGGAAGCCCAGAAAAGAAUGAGAAUAAAGCGUCUUCCUCAGAUGUUGGCAUUACAUUUGAAAAGGUUUAAAUACGUAGAUCAAUUAAGUAGGUACACAAAACUUUCUUAUCGGGUGUUGUUCCCGCUGGAAUUACGAUUAUUUAACGUUAGCGAUGAUGCGUCGAAUGGGGAUCGUUUAUAUGAUCUUGUAGCUGCUGUGGUCCAUUGUGGUGCGACACCUAAUCGAGGGCAUUAUAUCACUUUAGUCAAAAGUUCUUCUUUCUGGCUUCUUUUCGAUGAUGACAUUGUUGAUAAAAUGGACGUGUCAUCAAUGGAGGAGUUCUUUGGUCUUUCGGAAGGAGGAGUGCAGAAGAACUCGGAGUCAGCUUACAUACUUUUUUACCAAGCUCGAGAUACUAAUAUUGGUGGAAUUCGUCCGAGUGGCUCAGCUCAUACUUCUAUUUAA